AUGGCGCGUUGUUCGUUGACCGAUUCAUAUCUCUUAAGUUCGUUUUAGAUUAUCAACGUCUUCGCAAAAUUUUUAAGACAUUAGUCUUCGCAACAAUCUUCUAUUGUAUGAACAGAAGUAAUUGAUAUGAAACCUCCCUUGAUGCUGUAGUUAAUAACAUCAAAUCUCCACUAAGUAUGAUUAUUUUAUAUUGGAUACAAAUAGUAUUUCAACUGAAAAUAGCAUUAUCAGCACCAUUUGAAAAGGAUAUAAUAUCGUCAGACUCAGAUAGACGUGGCACUUUUCGUGUUUCGAUAAGAUCAGUCGGUAUGCGGAUACUAAUUGUCUAUUUCGGUCUUCAUGAAUUUUUAGUCAGAAAAAAAGGAGAGAGCGAUAUUUUUUAUCCAUCAAUUUGUCCAACAUCAUGCGAACAAGACUUUGGAGCUCUGACUAUACUACAAAACGAAACCGGAAGAAACUUGAUUCAGGAACAGGUUUUAAUGUGAUCAACAUUGAGUUGAAACGAAUUUUUUAAAUAGUGUUCGUGCAAGUGCCCUUUGAUCUCGCCUGUCUUCCUCCCAACAAAAGCUGCUUGCGUAAACAACUUGAGUGAGUUUAUGACAAAAGUACACUACACGGUAAUUUUUAAUUAGGGUUCCGCGGAUUUUUCUGGCACAGUUGUCACGGGCCGGCUGUACCGUGAAUAGUUUUCUACGGCUCAGUCAGUCAAGUCGUCUUCGGAACCCCGUUUUGUUUCAUUGUGUUUACUGUGAAUAGUUUCAGGAGUGCACGCUAUCAAUUCGAAUUCAGAACAAGAGGCAUGGCAAAUUGAAACAAAUUUCGUACUCACUGUGGUCAUAAUAGUCAUAAUCCUGGUGGUUGUCACAUGUGUAACUUGGAACAUUUGCUGGAGUAUUAAAAAAAGGUACCAAUUGUUCAAAAUUUCUCAUGCUUCAAAAAAGCGAUAUUAUUUUACGACACGGUGAUUUUUUAUUGGGGGAAGUUCCUAAUGGGGUUACUCAGGCUGUGAAAAAAAUGAUUUUUUUUUCCAUUGUUUUCGUUUUUUUUACGUCAAAAAACCCUAUUCAGCGGUGUAAAAAAAACGAAAAAAAAAACGGAAAAAAUGGGGCUAUUCAGCGUAUGUCUGUUUUCCGUUUUUUUCGUUUUUUUACACCGCUGAAUUGGGUUCUUUGACGUAAAAAAAACGAAAAAAAACGGAAAAAAAUCAUUUUUUCACAGCCUGAAUAACCCCAUAAUCAAAUUCUGAAAAAAAGUUUCCCGAAUUUUUCUUCAAAAAAACUAGAAAGACCACGAGAAGUACAAGUAUUAUAGGGGCACCGGACAGAAAGGGCGCGCUGUUCGCAAUCUGGCCGAUUUUCUAGGCCGCGAAGUAAUUUUCCACUGAAAACGUGGCCUAACUUUUCAAACUCGGCCCGAGGUCGCUCAAUUUAUAGGGGCACCGCACAGAAAUGGCGCUCUGUUGAGAAACUCUUUUUGCAGUGCAAAUUGAGCGUCCUCGGGCCGAGUUUGAAAAGUUAGGCCACGUUUUCAGUGGAAAAUUACUUCGCGGCCUAGAAAUUCUGCCUAAUACACGACAGGUGGCGUUAUCUACUCACUGCCGUGAAACAAAUUUGGCAUUUUAGGGGGUACAACAGGGUACAAACGUUUAUGGGGGUACAACAGGGUACAAACGUUUAUGGGGUACAAAAAUUCGAGGGUACAACAUUUUCGAUUCUGGGGUACAAACAUUUGACAAUUCAGUAGACAUUUGAUUAAGGGGUACAAAUUUCACGAUUUUGGGAUACAAAAAUUUUUUUCCAUUUUUUCAUGGGGAGCAAUUCAGUGAAUGUUUUUUUAACAGUUUUUUCACAAUUUUUUGACAUCGCUGAGAAACUCCUUAGAGAGGUUUUGCAGCUCAACGCGAGGUUAUGGAACUUAUGGUUUUUAAAUUUUGGAAGUUGCAAACUUCUAUCAGAGGACAAGCCUGCUUCCCGGCUAACGUAUUUGUUUGCCAUUCAGUGCUUUCCGACAAAAGGAAGACAGGAAGACGUUAGCCAAAAUUCUAUUUGGUAGUCAAAAACCUAUCUGGUAGCAGUGUUGAGCGGAAUUCCGUCUGCCGUCUUCCGUCUUCCGUGGUUUUUUGUUCCGUAUUCCGUCUGCCGUCUUCCGUCUGCCGUCUUCCGUCUUCCGUCUGCCGUCUCCCGGGAACAAGGUUUUCUUCCGUCUGCCGUAUUCCGUAAAAAAAAUUUUCUUCCGUCUGCUGUCUGCCGUCUUCAGUGAGAAAAAUUUUCUUCCGUCUUACGUUUUCCGUAUUCCGUAAAAAAUUUUCUUCCGCCAGCCGUCUGCCGUCUUCCGGAUUUCAAAAUUCCAUUUCCGCUCAACUCUCUCUGGUAGUCAACAAUCCUAGUAGUCAAAAAUCCAGGUAGUCGAAAAGUUUUGGAAUCAAAAAUAUGGUAGUCAUUCAGUGUUUGCCAAACUGGAAUGAAAAGUUCUAAAAUCUGCUUCUUGCAACUUUUGUACCCCAAAAUCGUGAAAUUUGUGCCCUGAACUCAUAAAAGUUGUACCCCUUAAUCAAAUGCCUAGGUUAAAUUUUUGUACCCCAGAAUCGAAAAUGUUGUACCCUCGAAUUUUUGUACCCCAUAAACAUUUGUACCCUGUUGUACCCCCUAAUUUUUGUACCCUCGGAAUUAAAUGCCAACAAAUUUCUGCAAAUACGACGUGUGCUUUUUAGAAAACUGAUAAAUGACUUUCAACUUCAGUAUAUUCAACAAUAUAGACAUAACGAAAGCAACGUAAGUGCGCGCAUUGGGCAAGAAAUAACAUAAAACAAUCAGGCAUCUGGAUCGUCCCUAAAUCAAUUUACUCUUGAAGAAAGUUCAAUAGGAGAACCUACAUAUCCUCCACUAAUGAGUAAAAGGAGGCUGGUAUUUAACUCAGGUUAGCUCGGCUGUCAGUAUUGCAAAAGAUUAACCGGCUCGCGGAUUGGAAGGAUGGGUUCCGUGCGGUUGUCUGUCGAUUUUUUCGACACGGUUUUCGAAAGUGUUCCUUAGUAAAAUAGUCUACUAUCGAACCAUUUCAAAGUAAAUGCGCUCUACUGGGAUAUAUGACUUUCUUUGAAAUGCCCCGAUAGUAAGACUGAUUAUGAUCAGCUUCUUAGAUUACUUCGAUUACGAGCAGUUACUUUCUCCAUCUCCAUUGGCACUGCAAUUUCUUUGCGAUUUGAAGAAUGCUGUCAGUAUUGCAAAAGAACGAAUCCGUCAACGACGGUUUCAUCCUUCAUUAGAAAUCAUAGCGGAAGAAAACGUUUACGAUUGUGAUAGAUUAAUUGAUUCCCAACAAAACUCGAUACAACAAGACCGAGAAUUCCAAGCCCGUCAAGAAUCACCACACAGCUUACCAAGAUCUGUUGAUAGCGGAAGAGAAUCGCGAGAAGUCUCAGACGAUGAGGACAAGAACGACAAUGAAUCAAAAACUGGAUUCACCGUUUCUGAACUUGUGCAAAGUAAGUUGAAAAACUCGCUUUAAAAAUUUUCGCCGUCUUUUUUUCUCAUAUCUAAUUUUCACCUACUGCUCCAUUAUAUCAACUUUAAAGAAAUCGGAGGAUCAGUGCCACGCCCUUCGCUCGUACCAAUACUUCUGAAUUCUUCAAUGCGCCAUAAAAGUGUACGAAAGUUGAAAAUUUCUAACUCUGGUACAAAUGCUAUCAAUAGUAUUCAUUCGAGUCAUGA